CUGCCGCUGCUGCUGCUGCUAAUGCUGGGAGUCAGAUGCUGCGCCCGGGAGGUGCUGGUCCCUGAGGGGCCCCUGUACCGUGUGGCUGGCACAGCCGUCUCCAUCUCUUGCAACGUGAGCGGCUAUGAGGGCCCUGCCCAGCAGGACUUUGAGUGGUUCCUGUACAGGCCUGAGGCUCCAGAGGCUGCACUGGGCAUCAUCAGUACCAGGGACACCCGAUUCUCCUACGCUGUCUUUGGGCCCCGUGUGGCGGCUGGUGAAGUGCAGGUGCAGCGUCUGCAGGGUGAUGCCGUGGUGCUCAAGAUUGCCCACCUGCAGGCCCAGGAUGCUGGUGUUUACGAGUGCUACACACCCUCCACGGAUGCCCGCUACCUGGGCAGCUAUAGCGGCAAGGUGGAGCUGAGAGUUCUUCCAGAUGUGCUGCAGGUGUCUGCUGCCCCUCCAGGGCCCCGAGGCCGCCAGGCCCCAACCUCCCCCCCACGCCUGAUGGUGCAUGAGGGGCAGGAGCUAGCACUGGGCUGCCUGGCGCGGACGAGCACACAGAAGCACACACACCUGGCGGUGUCCUUUGGGCGAGCCGUGCCCGAGGCGCCAGUGGGGCGAGCGACUCUGCAGGAAGUGGUGGGACUCCGGUCGGACUUGGCUGUGGAGGCUGGAGCUCCCUAUGCUGAGCGGCUGGCUGCAGGGGAGCUGCGGCUGGGCAAGGAAGGGCCUGAUAGGUACCGCAUGGUGGUGGGGGGCGCCCAGGCAGGGGACGCCGGUACCUAUCACUGCACUGCUGCUGAAUGGAUUCAGGAUCCUGAUGGUAGCUGGGCCCAGAUCGCAGAGAAAAGGGCUGUCCUGGCCCAUGUGGAUGUGCAGACGCUGUCUAGCCAGCUGGCAGUGGCAGUGGGGCCUGGUGAGCGUCGGAUUGGCCCGGGGGAACCCUUUGAACUGCUGUGCAAUGUGUCAGGGGCACUGCCCCCCCCAGGCCGUCAUGCUGCAUACUCCGUGGGCUGGGAGAUGGCACCUGCCGGGGCACCUGGGCCUGGCCGCCUGGUAGCCCAGCUGGACACAGAGGGUGUGGGCAGCCUGGGCCCUGGCUACGAGGACCGGCACAUUGCCAUGGAGAAGGUGGCAUCCAGAACCUACCGGCUACGGCUGGAGGCUGCCAGGCCUGGAGAUGCAGGCACCUACCGCUGCCUCGCCAAAGCCUAUGUUCGAGGGUCUGGGACCCGGCUCCGUGAAGCAGCCAGUGCCCGCUCCCGGCCUCUCCCAGUGCACGUACGGGAGGAAGGUGUGGUGCUGGAGGCUGUGGCAUGGCUAGCAGGGGGCACCGUGUACCGGGGGGAGACUGCCUCCCUGUUGUGCAACAUCUCUGUGCGGGGCGGCCCCCCGGGGCUGAGGCUGGCCGCCAGCUGGUGGGUGGAGCGACUGGAGGAGGGCGAGCUGAGCUCUGCCCCUGCCGAGCUUGUGGGUGGCGUGGGCCGGGACGGUGUGGCAGAGCUGGGGGACCGGCCUGGAGGAGGCCCUGUCAGCGUGGAGCUGGUGGGGCCCCGAAGCCAUCGGCUGAGACUCCACAGUCUGGGGCCCGAGGACGAAGGCGUGUACCACUGUGCCCCCAGCGCCUGGGUGCAGCACGCCGACUACAGCUGGUACCAGGCAGGCAGUGCCCGCUCGGGGCCUGUCACGGUCUACCCCUACACGCACGCCCUGGACACACUAUUUGUGCCCCUGCUGGUGGGUGCAGGGGUGGCCCUCGUCACCGGUGCCACUGUCCUUGGCACCAUCACCUGCUGCUUUAUGAAGAGACUGCGAAAACGGUGAUCCCACACUCCCCAGGUGAGGGAAAAGCACCCCCAGUCUUGUCUUUCCAAGGGUUCCCACCCCAAGUCCUGAGCUGAGCUGUUGCCUCCCGUCGUCCCCUCCUGAGGAGGAGCAGCCGGCUCAGCUCUGCAGGAUCCUGUUCCAGGUGAGGGCCACGAGGGAGUCCCACUCGGGGCUCUCCGUCCUUAGCCUGCUCUGUACUCUUUCUCCAGCUCUUGCAGGGACUGUCUUCCAGCCCAGCUUCAAGCCCUCCACUGGCUGCCUGGAUACCCUCUCCCCCUGUCCACCCUUUAAUUUAUUUCCCCUAUCCCCACCCAGAGUGGGAGACAAGCCCCCAUUCCCCACUGCUUCCCUCCCAAACUCCUCCCUCUGGCCUUCUGCUCUUGAUCUCAUACCCAUCCUAUAGGGAGGCCAGUCCCUGUCCUAGAACUAGUUUUUCUAAAAUGUGAAUAAACUUGUUUUAUAAAAUCCA